GUACAGAGCAACGAAACCGUAAACGCGUUUCAUGCUGGUUCAAAGGAAGGACGCGUAGUGCAGUGCAAAAUAAAACGAUAAAGCCGGCACCGAUCGUCGGCAGUAUUGCUCCGUGACGAAAGCUCGCAUCGAAACGAGUUGCUGCGGGAAAUGUUGAAAUAAAGAUAACCAAAUCAAACAGUUCAAACCGAAUCCAGCGCUGAAGGGAGAAAGCGAAAGCGAGUUUUCCUCAGUUCUCGACGCUCAAUUCGUCCAAUACGUCCUAAACCCACGACCGGCAACGUGGUUGGAUGGUGCAGUGCAGAAGCAGAAACGUUUCACUUAAAAGAAAACGGAAAGUUUAUAACAAUAUUUGAUCUGAACCAAACACGCAAACACGUACACCGACGCUUGAGUGACGUUCAAAGCGAGAUCUUUCGCAGGGGGGGGAGAAAAAAGAGCCGAGCAAAACAUUUACGGAAAAGUGUAAAGCUUGUCUUGAGGUGACUUUUGCCCAUACCUGCUAGCCAUUUCAUCUUGCGAGUCACGUCCUCGUCGGCACAGGUUUGGUUCAUUUUUUCUCCAAACUUUCCCCAAUCCAAACAUCACGUCAGCGGUACUGCCCGCACGUCGAACGGACGGCUAUAGCGUUACAACGACCGCCUGCCGAAAACUGACACCGGCAAAACAACAACAACAACAACAGCAAAACCUACGGAAGAACCCUGCCCCACAAUUGCCUCCCAAAAUGUCGUCCAGAUCAAAGGAGAAAGUAACGGCCGCCAUUAGGAAGUUCUUCAAAAGCUCGGAAAGCAAGAGCAAAGAAAGUAAAGACAAGGAUGGUAACGGCACCCACACGGCCGCACCAACAGAUGCUACAGAUUCGAACCACCUGCACUUACCCCACGGUCACCACCAUCACCCGCACCACUCGUCGUCUGUGGCGACCGUACACACCGGUCCGGGGGGCAGCGGGAGCGGUGGACCGAGCGCGGGGAAUGUGGCGGGCAGUGGGCCGAACGGUGGAAGCGCAGUGUCGAAUGGCAACAGUGGUAGUAAUAGUAGCAGCAGCAACAGUAAAGCCACCACCGACAGCCCCAUGAGGCGAUUACGAUGUGUUGUGGCCCCUACCACGACUCCCAUGGUGAACGUUCCUGUAUCGAAACCUCUCGACACCACCAUCCGUUCGAGGCGACUUAUGAAGGAGCUGAAGGAAAUCGAACGGUUACAGCACUCACGGACGGAUCCAUGCUUUACGGUAGAGUUGAUGAAUGAUAAUCUGUACGAGUGGCACGCACGGUUGUAUCGGAUCGAUCCCGAUUCACCGCUGGCCGAAGAUUUGGUCGAACUUAACAUUCCCUUCAUCCUGCUGCAUCUGGUGUUCCCGGAGAACUUUCCCUUUGCACCGCCAUUUAUGCGCGUCGUUGAGCCACGGAUCGAGAAGGGUUUCGUGAUGGAGGGUGGCGCCAUCUGUAUGGAGCUGCUGACGCCCCGUGGAUGGGCGAGUGCCUACACGGUCGAAGCGAUACUGAUGCAGUUUGCGGCAAGCUUAGUGAAGGGGCAGGGCCGUGUGUCGAGGAAACCCAAAUCAGCCAAGGAUUUCAGUCGACGGUCAGCAGAGGAAGCCUUUCGAUCGCUGGUGAAAACACAUGAAAAGUAUGGUUGGGUAACGCCCGCCCUCAACGAUGGUUAGAACAUUGAUUUGAAACACAACAAUUGUUCUCCUUACGAUGAUGUCAGCAAACAAAAGAGAGACCGGUCUGGUCAGAUUAACCGUCUCAUUGCAUGUGACAAACUAUACACCUUCUAGCUAAUAAACGGCUCAUAUGUUUCAUCAUUGCAAUAGUAACUUUAUACUACAAAUUCAUUACGGGACACGUCAACCAGUGCUAGCGAAAGGAUCUCAUGUCAAGCACACAACUAAAAAACCCUCUCCUAAAUAACUCUAUCCUUCUCAUGCUUUAAAUCGAUUCGAGAAACAAUAACGUAAAACAAAAAAAAUGACGAAUAGAACCAUUACAUCCGUAUAUCAAAAACUGGUGAUAAUUUUCAAUAUUUAAUAUGCGGUGCGAUUCCCGUGCGUUGUAGAACAUUGAAAGGAGUAGUAGUAAUGAGAAGAACUAUACAACGUUAAGUUUUUAGAGCUUUGAUCCGUUUGGGUUGGAAGCAUAAAGAAGCCAAUUGGAAACACACGCUCCAGUGUGUCUCUGUGUCUCUGUGUGUGUGUGUGCGUGUUGUUUUCAACCCAAACCUCGCCCGUUCCCUCCCGAUGCAAUGUACAAAAACGAUGAAUAGUAAACGCAAAACAGAUUAAUAGUUCGAAAAUCAGAUAGGGCAUACAAUGUAUUUAACUGUGUCAAGCGAUUCGUACCGAGAUGUGAAAAAGCAUGUGGAAAUUAGGAACAGUACAGCGGCAACAAACAACCAUUGUAAACAAGUUGGAGUGCUCGCUUCACGGUACGGCGUGGAGUAGCACAAUAGGGACAAAGCCGCUAAGCCACACUCUCCAGGCAGAUCGGGUGGGCGUAGUCCGUGGCGAAACUAUGAAGCUAUAUGUUCUAAGCGUUUUGGGUGUAAGCACGUGAAAUGAUGAAAACAAACAGCUACCGACUCGUGUGCUCAAAGUAUUAUACAUAUGCAGCAGCAGCAGAUCCUUUACAGAAAGCUCUUUCUUCGCUUGUAUUGCGUGUUAUGGCUGAAGUGAGAAGGGCUCAGAAAAUGUGGCUUUGUUUAUGAAAUUGUUCAUCACGUAUGGUAUAAGAUUUUUGUAAAUAAACGGCAUAUUUUAAAUGGUACGAGAUGUAUUCGA